AUAUGAGAUUUUAACCGCUUACAGCUUAUCGAUUGUCAAAACGUGAUACAGAAUUGCAAGAUAUUUAGGGUAAUAAAUACUUUCUUUUUCUGUUUUCAGUCGCUGGACAGCCAUCAUGAAGUGCGCGAGUCGGGGCUAUUCUGUUUCCCUAUCAGCGGGUCAUCUAAUGUUACUGCUUGAUUUUACUGAACCACUCCUUAUUAUACUUGCGUACUCCCUGAACUGUCUUGAGCAAUAAAUACACACGAUGGCCAGUGAGCAUCAGGAGAAGUUUAAGCACGCAGUGCACGUGCUUUCUUGUUUGAAUGGCGAAUGCAAGCCUCACAUUGAACGCCUUGUCCAGCUUCUUGAGGAGAGAGGCGUCCAAUGUGUCUACCAGGCAAGGGGAGACUAUGGCAUUGGAGGACUCUUUGCUACUCGCUUCAAAGACUUCUUUGGGAUCUGCGAGAGAACCGUCAUCCACAUUUGUCAAGAAAGCAUCGAAACGGUUAAAGAAUUCGAAGAAAUUUUGCUUGAUGGCGCAGAAAAGACAUCUUUCUUUCGUAUUCCAUGCUCUCCUUUAGAUUCCUCCAAAUUUAUCAAGCAGUUUAACGUUUGGGAUCUUAGUGAGGAACCUGUAUUAAAAAGGUUUAUCGAAGAAAUUUCUAAGAAAAGAAGCGACAGCCUAGAUCUACCCAAAGCAUUUGAUGAGCCCUCCUUGCCUGUCUCAUCUGACGAACUCCACAUGGUCAGCCCUGUGGUCAGCCCCAAAACAUUUAAAGCUGUAUCCUUCAUCCACCGAGGUGCAGUGUAUCCAGUCCUGCAUGUAGACGAGUCUUUUCUUCUUCCAUCAUCAGUUGAAGAGCAUAUCAGAAAGUCUUUCCAACGAAACAUUAAUCCAGAGAGAUCCAGCAAAGAAGAUCUGUUCUUCAUUUUGAAUGAAGUUUUACCAGACCUCUACAAGCAAGGGGACAUCACUCGCCUCUCACAGUUAACAAGAUCUCAUCAGCCCUUACUUCGAGAUCGCGCCCUUCGUUACAUAGAGUUGCUGCUGCUGCUCAGUGAGGAACCACCACCUUCUGUCAGUGAUAUGAAGGAAACAGAAACUAGCUUGUUCAGUCUGUUUUCAGACGCAGAGAUUUCACAGGAGGAUGAAACACUGAUUAGGGUCAUUGUGACUUACAUUAUGACACUAGUCAGGUUCAUCAUGGCCUGCCACUCAGAAGGUAAUGAUGGUGAGUGCGACCGUCACCUCAAUGCCAUUACUCACCGAAAACUUUUUAAGAAUCCAAAAUUAAUGAAAAAUGAUAAAAAAUCUGCCAUAAAAAAAACUGGCGCAUUAAUUAAAGUCGUGCAAAACUGUGUGCAUUGCUGGCAUAAGAACUGUAAGAAGCUUCAGAACAAAAUCAUUAGCACAGAGGACUGCUCAAACAACAAAGCAAAGCAGCCGCCAUCAAAAGAACUACAACUGUUUCUCUUGGUUUCAAGUCUAAUUCAGCUAAACAAGGAUGGGAAUUUUGCUCCAUACAGUCACCGCUUUUACCAGCUAAACCUGAAGAAAAGCACGGGAGCUUCCCUAUCGAAACAAUUUGAAAUUAUUUUAGUACAUAUCAACAUUUGUGGGUUGAGAACGUUUCUGGAGCAUAGAACAAUGACAGAAGAACUGGGAGCUACUUUCAACUUUUCUGAAGGUUGCAAGGAGACAAUAAAAAUUCUGUCUGAAUUGCUUCUCAUUCUCGACGAAAAUGAAAGACCCCAGCUGCUUAAAGAACUAACGACUCUAUUGUUUCAUCACAACAAGGAUAUACGAAAAGAGUCAUCUAAGCUAUACAAUGAGGACAAGAUUAUCACCAUGACAUAUAAUCUGUGGGAAAAUCUGUUCCUGACAUCGAAAGAACUUGUCAGUCCGCUGACGAAAAAUGUCAGCACAGAGUACUCGUUUCCAUUCCAUGUUGACUGGGGUUGGACAGUGGUCAAGGAAAACUUUAGUGGUAAAGAAAAUCGCAUUUUGAUGCAUGUGUUGUGUCCUUCAACCAAAGAGCUUGAGGUUGGAGUCGAAUGCAGUUCCAAAGACGAAAGAUUUAAUGAACUUCAACUUUUAAAGGCCCUCCAGCAUCCUCACAUUGUACAGCUGCAGGCCUACAGCGAAAGUGUCUGGCCACAGUUCUAUAUCACCGAGGACUACAUGGUCGAAGCAUUGCAAACCCUUCUCGUCAACAAAAGCCGCAAAAAUAACUUUUAUUCUAUGAAAGAGUUAUUGAUGUUCUCAGUCGACGCAAUGGAAGGAGUGCGCUAUCUCCAUAGCAACAACAUUGUGCACAGACAUCUGACGGCCGCACACUUAUUCAUCAGCACCAGUGGGCAGGUGAAGCUGAGUGGACUGAUGCACGCUCGUAAACUAUCAGAGGACACGAUUAGAGAUUUUAAUUGUUCGUUGAUUCCUACGAGAUGGAGUGCCCCUGAGUCCUUGAAAGAAUGUCUGUUCUCCAAAACGAGUGACAUGUGGAUGGUCGGUCAUCUUAUCUAUGAAGUUCUAACGCACGGCAGGCUACCAUAUGCCGACAUAGGACUGGAUGACACAGAAGUUAUCCCAGUGGUGGUAGACGGUACAAGGGUACUAUGCGAAGAAUCGUGCAUUCCUAAUCCCAUCUAUAAAGUUAUUUCACAGCUCACGAAAACAGAACCUUCAUUACGCCUGUCAGAGGUCAAGGCUGUCAUUGAUGUGCUCGAAAGUGAGGAAAAGCAGAUGAACAAAGACAUGAAGAGUAUGAUAUUUCCAGACAUAAGGGGAGAAGGACAAGCAGCAACAGAGCAUGGAAAGGGUCCUAUAGCUUCAGUGCUUAAUAAUAUGCUGGAUGCUUCAGAUGGCUUGUAUAGUAAGGGAAAUAAUGAGGUUUUGAAGAUUGAAAACUCGAAGCAUCAGGUUUCUUUGAGAGGUCUUAUCCAAAUCCAAGAAGUUUGUCCAAAAGAUUUUUCCACUAGUGUCUUUUCACGCCUAACGAGUUGUCAUCUCCCUGGAAUCUCACCACUGAUCAGUCACCCAAGAAUAACUUCAGACGAAAAGCAGGAAUUUUCCUUUUGGCUUCCUUCAGAGCACAGUAUGUGCUCACUUGUAAAUGCUGUCCAUUCGUUGCUGCUGGGAAGGGACAUCAAAGAGUACAUCCAGUGCCUUGCAAACAUUGCGUCAGUCAUCGCAGACCUCCACUCACAUGGACUUGUCCUUUGUGACUUCAGAGCCGACGCAAUCUACGUUGAAAAGGAUCCCACUGCUACAGGGCAGAUGACAAAAGUAUGGCUUGGGUCAUUGGCAAACAUGCGCAUCCUGCAACCUUGUGGUGAAAAGGAAGAUCAGCAUAUAGAAAUCGCUCCUCCUCAAGACAACGAAGUUUGCGGAAGGGCGGCACCAGAAGUUGUGAAGGAUGGCCUAUACUCACACGCCUCGGAUGUCUUUUGUUUUGGCCAGUUGAUGUGGUGGGUCAUCAAUGGCUUUUGUGAAGCUGAAGAUCCAUCCACUCAGGUAUAUAACAAAAUCGAAGACAUUUACGAUUCGUCACUGGGAAAGAUACCACAGGCUUGUCCUCGUCACAUUUACACCCUGAUCAAGUGGUGUUGUCUGACAGAAAAAAAUCGUCGACCCCCAAUACACGUUGUGCAAAAGUAUCUUACUGGUGAGGAAGAGCAGUUUCCCAUCGAUAUUGACUAUGAAAACGCUGAAGAUGGUUACCCUCUUCACAAUAAAGACAAAGACAGCCAUAGUUCAACCUCUAGCGGCUACAUCUCUGAAUCAAUUUCUUCAACGACUCUGAGUAUUUCCUGUGAACCUCCACCUUUACCUCCUCGCCGUACUGUGACUUCAUCGAUUUCACCUCGUAGCCCCAAAGAGAUAAAUGCACCUUCGUCUCCAGAAUGUAGUCCUCCACCACUUCCGCCACGCUUACAUAAGUUAUCAACAACCUCUUUAUCUCCGCCGCAUAGUCCUCCACCACUUCCGCCUCGCCAAAUUAAAAAAGCAUCCAGUCUUCCACCUCAUUCGUCACCCGCGUCUGGUGCACAAGCUGCACGUUCAUUAUACCAGACAGGUCCCACUUCACCUCCCCCUUUACCACCUAGAAAGAAAGCUGUUUUAAAAUCUAGCACUUUGCCUCCUUCGUUCAGUCAGUCGCUAGAUGAACCUUCUUCAGCGCCUGUUCAACAACUACCAUCUAAACCUCAAGAAGAGAAAUCUUCACCCAACUCCCUGAAAACAUUUUCAUCAGUCAAUUCCCCUCCAGUAGCACCGUUAUCCAGUAUUGUGGAAGACCAAGAUUCAUCAAGCUGGCCAGGAGCGAUACAAUCAUGCAAAAAAGACCAUUGGGAAAGUAAACGGCUCAGCGUGAAAGACAUUUCAGUGACGUCUCCUAGAAAACUCCGGAGGAAAACUAGAAGCAAGUCAGACUCCAUUAAAGAGUUUACCUAUACUGUGGCCGAUUCCUCGUGUGACACCAUACAGGUUAAGGUUGUCUCAGAAAAGUCGGGUGCGACUGUGCGCAUGCAAACUUCUGAACCGGGGAUGAAGUGUUUGGUGAUCCGUGGAACACGUGGUCAGAUUCAGGAAGCUCUCCGAAUAAUUACCAUUAAUACAGGAAAAAAGGAGGAGAUCAUCAACACGACUAAGGCAGUUUGGAUCGAAUGGGUUAAAAAAGCGUUUCCUGACUUUGAAAAACGCACCUAUUUCGUCCCUCCAGUCUGCAUCUCACGCGUGCCAAUGGUCAAUAAAAUAUCUGCAGGUCAUAAGGUGUUAAUGCUGAUUCAAAAUAAUACACAAGACAACUCUGCAAAGAACGAUUUCCAACAAACGUCCGUACAGAAAAGUGAUGUUCUCGAUGACGAAGCCUUUCAGCGAUUAGUGUUCAGUCUCAAGACAUUCUCGAAAUUUCAUAAAGAAGUCUUUAUGUGUCUUAGUCAGCUUCCUUUCGGAUCGUAUCUGGGUAAUCCGGACUUUUUCCCAGCAACUGCUCAUCUCCCGUUGCCUAUCAAUCUGCCGGAGACAUGGCCAUAAGCUGGAGACAAGGAGACUUCGACAUGUUCCUCAUUCACAAGCAGUAUGGCUUCGUUGUAUGUGAGGUGAAAGCAAUGGUUUACAACAUUGACACACCAAAAGAAGAGCGAAGCAAACAAAUGACAAAAAAACUGAACGAUG